AUGGGUGGGUUGGGUGGGGUUGGGGAGGUAGGGGUAGUUUGGUGUGGGUUUGGGGGGGUUUGGGAGUUUGGUGGGGUUUGGGGGGGGUUUGGGAUUUUGUGGUGGAUGGGGGGUGGGGGGGGUAUGGGAGUUUGGGGUGGUUGUGGGUGUAGUUUGGGGGUUGGUGGAGUUUGGGGGUUUGGGGUUGUUGGUGGGGUGGGGUGGAUUGGUGGGGUUGGGGGGUGGGGGUUUGGUGGGUAG